AUGCAGCAGAACUGCGGGAGCAUCCGUCGGCGGAAGGAGAUGCGUUCCCAGCCGACCAAGCCUGUCAACUCAGCUUCCUCUUUCGGACCUGGCUUUGCUUCACGGUCGGCCAUGGAUGUCGACGACAGAAGCGCUUCCACGUCAUGGCACAGCUCUACGACGUGCUUGGAUGGACAGAUGGAAGAGACUGUGUCAGGACCACGGCAUGCGGUUGUCGAGGUUAGAUCAAGAGAUGGAAGUCCAGCACGAACCUUAUCACUUUAUCACUCCACCAUCCCAGAAGAGCUCGCAGGAUAUCUACGAGUUAUGAUGCCUGGAGAGACAGGAGUGGAACAGUCUGGCGAGGAGCUGGCAGAGAACUUCCUCGAAGCAUUAGAUCUGCCGCCGGUCACCAAACAGUCGUUGAGCGAGCUGGACAUUCAGAGCAUCAUCACCAACAUCAAGUUACGGCAUGACGUCAACUUCGACAGAGAUCUCAGCUUCAGACCGAACGUCGAUGGCGUCAAAGGCCAAGAGAAGGAGAGAGUAGCGGACAAGUACUGGGGAGCGUUGAUCGCCGAGCUGGUACUAUACAACCGCAUGUUCCACGGCACACCGCCCCUGUCACCGAUCCAAGUCGAAGCUUUCACACCAUAUGCGCAACGGCGGAUACCGAUUUUGUUCCAGAACGUCCGCGAUGUUCUGAAGAGUCUUGUACCCGAUCGCGACCAUUCCAGAGUGGACGAGCAUCUCGACGUGCCCAUGCUGAUGCAAGCUAUUGAGCGAGGAGUGUGUGAUCUGGGUCGCUUGUCGGAGUGGAUGGCGCAACUACUCAAGGAGCACUGCGCGCCCAUGCGCGACAUCCUGGUCGAUGAGAUGGUCACUUGCACAAGGCUAGGCGAGGCGGACCGCAACCUCGAAAAGAUCGUAGAAGGUCUGAGGAAGCUGUUCGGCAUUCUGGAGGCCAUGAAACUCGACGUUGCGAACCACCAGAUCAGGAAUCUGAAGACGCUUCUGAUCGAGGACAGCGUCAACUUUGAGAAGCACUACCAUCUCGACAGACUUGUCCACGGUAGGGCAAGGGUUAACAUCAACACGGCACAGACCUGGUUCACCGACGCCGUUGAUGAGUUCGGCCCCCAGUGCUCGCCACGACCCCGAGCUGGCCCAUGUUUCGAGCUAGAGGUCUUCACUCGCGCAGUCACAGCAAUUACAUUCGGCCGAGACGGACGGAGCGACUUCCCCGAUACCUUCUUCCUAGACCACGAUCGCCUAGCAUCGCUCAAGGCUGAAGUCGACGACCUCGUUAUGUUCGAAGUCUGCAUGGAGAUGUACACACAACUCGCCCGACAGCUCGGCUACCAAGGCUCCAUGACCCUAGCCAUCGGCCAACAACUCCGCACCGCCCUCUCCGCCAUCAUGGGCGAGGCCGUAGGCCACGGCCCCCACCAAUGGAUGCUAAACUCCGAAGCCCUCUCCCUAGAAAUCCUCCGCCAAGCCUCGCACCUCGCCGGCCAAACCCCCUCCUGCAGUUUCGACCACAUGGCCGAAGCCAACCAACACCUCCGCACCCUAUUCGUGCGCAGAUCUUCCUGGCACGCAUCCCGCCUCGAAGCCUCGCUCCUCCCCCAGAUUCUCGCCAACGUCGACCGCCACAGCACAUCCUCGCCCAUCGAACUCUUCAACGCUCUUGUUUCGAUAUCUCCUUCCAUGCCGCCUCUUCCAUCAUUGUCUCGACCUAACAUCGCCGAUACGUUUGCUUUUGCGCAUUUACAUCCUGAGACGGCGAAAUUGACGGAUCUCGCUAAUCGGGUUACACAUAUUAUACUGCUUCAUUGGCGUAUUUGGGGACCUAUUGCUUAUGUCCAGGAAGACGGGUCGCAGCGCUCGGCUUCUACGGAUGGGAAUGCGAUGGCGAAUCAGGUGUCGCAAUCGCAAUCGCAGUCGCGACAAGUGGCUUCGAAUGCUGAGAAAGAUGCUUCCACCGUUCCGACGAGUAUGCGGACGGGUGAGAAACUGGAUAAGGGGCAGGAGGCGCAUGGCUGUCAUCAGUCGCUUCCGCAAUAA